CUUGGGAUCCACUAAAGAGAUUAUAAAGGAAGCAGCCAUGAUCAUUCUGAGCUGGCGAGCGAGCGAGGGCAGAUGCGGCAGGCAGAAGGGAUGAUAACAUGCUGAAUGGAUCCGACUUUACCCAUCUUCACUCAGAAAGGGUCGGCGCACGUUGACGGGAACGGAGCGGGCGGGCAGGGAUCCCCGAGCAAGAAUGGACUGCGGCCAGCCUGGCGCGGUGCUCAGCCAGGAAAAGCUGAUCUACGCCAUCACCGUCCCGCUGUCGGUUUCCAUCAUCCUAGCCAACCUGGUGAUCAUCUUUGGCAUCGUUUGCAACCGGCAGCUCCACAACACGCCCAACUACUUCUUCCUCAGCCUGUUAGUGGCGGACCUGUGCACGGGCGUGGCGCUCCCUUUCAUCUCUCUGAUGGGACUGGACCGCCAGCUGAGCUUCGGCUCUUGCCUGGUGGCGCACGUUCUCCCAAACUUCCUCUUCCUGGCCUUUCUGCUCAACUUGGUGAUGGUCCACUACGAGCGAUACGUGUGCAUCGUGGAGCCCCUGCACUACAGCAACUUGUGGAUGCAUCGAAGUUUCCCCCUGGCCUUGCUGUUGGUGUGGACGCCGCCGCUCCUGUACGCCUCCCUGCCGGCUUUGGGCUGGAACAACUGGAGCGGGCCGGAUUGGCACGGCUGUCGCGCCCGUGACCAAAAGUUGCCCCUUUCGUCCAACUGUUCGGCCAACGUCACCCCGUGCUGCUCGUACAGACGCGUCUUCAGCAACGCCUUCAUCUACCUGGAGGUCUACGGUCUGGUCCUGCCCGCCAUCCUCACCAUUGGCGCCAUGACCUGUCGCGUCCUGUGGAUCACGCGGGGCCAACUGAAAGACAUCUGCCGGCUGCACCGCUCGGUGGAGCGCGGCCAAGCUUCGGAGCAGGAGCAGCGGCUGAACAUGCGCUACACGCGCUGCCUGGUGGCCGUGUCCUUGACCUUCCUGGCCUGCUGGCUUCCCUACCUCAUCUACAUGCACGUGUGCAUGGCUUACUUGAUCAGCGACACCAAAUGGAACUCCAAUACGCUCAUCGUCCUCUCGUGCACGGGGAUCGGAAGUAUGACCGUGGUGCCGCUGGUGUUGGGCCUGGCCAACCGGCAGUACACGCGGCCGGCGUACGAGCUGCAGCGGAAACUUCGAGACAGGUUGAGGCAGAAGAUUCGGACGUGGAGGGAGUCUGCGGGCAGGGAGAAUGACAAUACGGAGUAGCUUUUGUUCAU